GGCUACUCUCAAAUUCACAACCUAUAAUCACUCUCCAAGAUUGCACAAUAAUCCCAUUCAAAUAGAAGCACAAUUUUGCAUACAGAACCGACACAAAUUAUUUUAAGUAAACUCCAUUGCCAUUUUCUUGAUAAUUCUAAAAUGGCCACUGUAACGACGCAAACCUCCGCCGCCGUCUUCCGUCCAUCCGCCUCUAAGACAAGGUUCCUUGGUGGAUCAUCCGGUAAACUAAACAGAGAGGUGUCUUUUAAACCAUCAACUUUAUCUUACAAUUCAUUUAAAGUCGAAGCCAAGAAAGGUGAAUGGCUUCCAGGCUUAACCUCUCCUACUUACCUUAAUGGAAGUCUUGCUGGUGACAAUGGCUUUGAUCCUUUGGGACUCGCGGAGGACCCAGAGAACUUGAAAUGGUUCGUUCAGGCCGAGCUAGUGAACGGUCGAUGGGCUAUGUUGGGUGUUGCAGGGAUGUUACUGCCUGAGGUUUUCACGAACCUCGGCCUCCUUAACGUACCAAAAUGGUACGAUGCUGGAAAAUCUGACUACUUUGCAUCUUCUUCAACACUGUUCGUGAUCGAGUUCAUCUUGUUCCACUACGUUGAAAUUCGACGUUGGCAAGACAUUAAGAACCCUGGAAGUGUGAACCAAGAUCCUAUUUUCAAGAGCUACAGCUUGCCUCCUAAUGAAGUUGGAUACCCAGGUGGCAUUUUCAACCCACUCAACUUUGCACCCACUUUGGAGGCUAAGGAGAAGGAAAUUGCUAAUGGGAGAUUGGCAAUGUUAGCAUUUUUGGGAUUUAUAGUGCAGCACAAUGUGACAGGAAAAGGUCCAUUUGACAACUUGUUGCAGCACAUCUCCGACCCAUGGCACAAUACCAUUAUCCAAACAUUUUCCUACUAGAAAAUUAACCUACCUUGUGAUUAUGAGUUAGUAAUUUUUUUUUAUGGAACUACAAAAACAGAGAGAUUUAUUGUAAACAAUGGAACUCUACUGUACAGAUCAACUAGAAUUGUAUUUCUCAUUCAUUUAUAGUACUACUACUAUCAUAUUUCUUGAAA